AUGGAUGACAUAAGUUUCCCAAAAGAAGGUAUUGAUAAGACUACCAUUGAAGAUAAUCCGAGCUCCAGUAUAACUAGUGGAGACAGUGAUCAGAAGAAUGGAAAAAAGAAGGCUGCUACCAAUAAUUUAACUCAAAGAUGGUGGUGGGACCCAUUUGGGAUUCUACCAAGACAACCAUCCAAGUUAAAGCCACAAGAGGUCUACAAAGGAUAUCAAUAUUUAGAAGGUGAUAAGAAAACUGUAACAGUCAGAUCCUCAAGAGCUACUGAUUCCCGAGUAUCCAUGGCACAUGAGUUGCAAACAAAGAAAGAGAUUCAAAGGACAUCUUCACCACUUCAAGAUCAUGUUGUCUCUCUGAUCGGGAUCUGCAUUGGAGCAAUUCGAGGUCUAAGAUUCAUUCAUUCCACAGUCCAGCAGGCAAUGCUUCAUCGUGACUUGAAGUCAACAAACAUCUGGUUGGACGAGAACUGGAUUCCCAAGGUUUCUGGAUGGGGUCUGUCCAAAAAGAAGGGAAACAAUCAGGUGCAGUCAAUUAUCAGGAGUAACUACGUGCGCGGGGAAGAGUUAACAGAAAAGUCUUGUGUCUACUCAUUUGGUCUGAUUUUGUUCGAGGUGCUGUUUGCUGAAAAAGAAUCAAACCGCUGGUUAGACAAGGAUCAAGGGCUUCUAGCCCAGUGGAUUAAGUCAUGCAUGAGGAAUAACUUUCCUGGUUGUAUUGCUCCCUUUCUAGUUGGGAGGACACCUCCAGAUAGCCUAAAGAUUUUCAUAGAAGGUGCUGACAGAUGUCUACUGGAUUAUGGAAUUGACCGGCCAUCAAUGGCAGAUAUAGAGGAAAGACUUGAGGCCGCAUUACAGCUCCAAGAAGAAACAGAAGCUAGCAAGGGGAUCCAACCGCGAAGGAGCUGA